CAGACUCCUGCCCUGAUGCAUCAUUUGUUAGACAUUGAAAGAAAAGAAAAGAAAAAAAUAGCAAUAACAAAAUUAUUGAAGAUGAAGAAGGCGUCUCUCCUAGUAACUAUGGUGGUGGUGGUAAUGUUAUUAGCUGAAGCAAAAGUGUCACAAGCGGUGACCUGCAACCCAGGGCAGUUGAGCCCAUGCCUACCAGCUAUCUCGUCCUCUUCACCGCCAUCAACUACCUGCUGCAGCAAAUUGAAGGAGCAGAAGCCUUGUCUUUGUGGAUAUCUCAAGGAUCCAGCCCUCAAGCAGUUUGUGUCCUCUCCUGGUGCUAGAAAGGUUGCUAGUGCCUGUGGUGUUCCCUACCCUAGUUGCUAAUUAUAAUUAUAUAUUCUUGCUAAAUCAAAUUAGCAACUAUAUCUAUAUAUAAUAUGCCUCAUAAUCAAUUAUUUGCAUGGGUAUAUAUGCAUAUAUAGGAGUGUGUGAACUAUGAAGAUUGAGUACUGAUGUUGUUCCAUACCGCAUGUUCUAUGAAAUAAUGACGUGAAUGGUAGCAUAUAUCAUCUAAAAUAAAUUAUCAGUGGAGAUAGAUAUGAAGAUGGUCAAGCUGUUGUACUAGAAAAUGUAUCUGAUCAAUAAAUUAUCUUGUGAUAUAUAAAUAUCGAUUAAUAUCAUUCUUCUUUA